CGCGCGGGCGGAGGCGUGGCCACGCGGUGCCGGCGGAGGCGCGGGCGGCGCGGCCGGGACUUUGGCUUUGACACGGACCGCGAGCGAGAGUCCUGCUCCUGGUGCUGGGAUCUGACGCGCUCUGGCGGAGCUGGUGUCCGAGUUGGGCGCAGGACUUUCGUUUUCUUACUCCCCUGGAUAAACGCAACCGCGGCGAGCCGAAAGUCCCGGUGCAGCCUCAAGUCUUGGUGCAGCCUCUGCCGCUGGAUUUCGCCUCCGCCGCCGCUGCCGCCCGCGAACAGCCCUGCAGCUCCUGCCAGCUCCGGGAGGGCGACGUCGAGUUCCUCCCGCACCCCGAUCCGGGACGCGCGGACCGCGGCGGCGUGGGCGCCCCGAGGCCCCGCUCACCCGCAGCCUCUGUCCGGGCUGAGGUCGGGAUCCGGAGCCGCAGGUGGCCUCGUGGAAGGUAAUUUGGGACACUCCGGGCAUGGGAGAUUUGAUGUUUGACAGCCUCCUCAGCCCGUGAGUGGGGCACCCUCCGUUUCUUGUGCCUGCGAGGUUUGCGGAGGUUCCCUCCCUAGCCAGAGGUCAGUGUGUAGGGACAGUGAGGCCUUCCCUCCUCACCUGCCAUGGGGAGCACCCUGGGAUGCCACCGCUCCAUCCCCAGAGACCCCUCGGACCUGUCCCACAACCGCAAGUUCAGCGCAGCCUGCAACUUCAGCAACAUACUGGUCAACCAGGAGCGGCUGAACAUCAAUACGGCCACGGAGGAGGAGCUGAUGACCCUGCCUGGUGUGACGCGUGCUGUGGCCCGCAGCAUCGUGGAGUACCGAGAGUACAUCGGUGGCUUUAAGAAGGUGGAGGACCUGGCGCUGGUCAGUGGGGUGGGCGCCACCAAGCUGGAACAGGUCAAGUUUGAGAUCUGUGUGAGCAGCAAGGGCAGCUCUGCGCAACAUUCUCCCAGCUCCCUGCGCCGGGACCUGCUGGCUGAGCAGCCCCACCACCUGGCCACCGGCGUGCCGCUCACCCCACGGGUCAACAUCAACACGGCCACUCCGGCCCAACUUAUGAGCGUGCGAGGCCUCACUGAAAAGAUGGCGCUCAGCAUCGUGGACUACCGCCGGGAGCACGGCCCCUUCCGCAGCGUGGAGGACCUGGUGAGAAUGGACGGGAUCAAUGCCACCUUCCUGGACAGGAUACGGCACCAGGUGUUCGCCGAGAGGUCCCGGCCACCGUCCACCCACACCAACGGAGGCCUGACCUUUACCGCCAAGCCGCACCCCAGCCCCACGUCGUUGAGCCUGCAUAGUGAGGACUUGGACCUGCCGCCAGGGGGACCCACGCAGAUUAUCUCCACGCGGCCCUCGGUGGAAGCCUUUGCGGGCGUGAGGGACGGCCGGCAGGUGCUGCGGCUGGCCACCUGGAACCUGCAGGGCUGCUCCGUGGAGAAGGCCAACAAUCCCGGCGUGCGGGAGGUGGUGUGCAUGACGCUCCUGGAGAACAGCAUCAAGCUUCUCGCUGUGCAAGAACUACUGGACAAAGAGGCCCUGGAAAAGUUCUGUGCCGAGCUAAACCAGCCCAUCCUGCCCAACAUCCGCAAGUGGAGGGGACCGCGGGGGUGCUGGAAGGCCGCCAUCGCCGAGACACCUGCAAGCCUGCUCCACAAGGGAGCCGGGUACUCGGGAUUCCUGUGGGACACCAUGGCCGGUGUGGAGCUGAAAGAUGCCACCUCGCAGGAGAGUUCACCCAGCAACGGGCACGGGAAAUCCACUGGCCCCAACCCAUACCUCGGGCGGUUUAAGGUGGGGAGUAAUGACUUGACCCUCGUUAACCUUCACCUGGGAGCCCUGACCAGCCCAGCCGGCGAGAAUCCCACCCGGAGUCAGAGCGAUGGCCACCGGUCAGCGAACUUCACUCAGAUGCUUCAGGAGGCCCUGAGAGGGGAAAAGGACAUGAUUAUUCUAGGGGAUUUCGGCCAGGGGCCAGAGAGCGGUGACUACGACGUGCUGCGGAGGGAGAAGUUCUACCCGCUGGUGCCCACGCACACCUUCACCAACAUCAGCACCAAGAACCCACAGGGCUCAAGGUCGCUGGACAAUAUCUGGAUCAGCAAAAGCCUGAAGAAGGUGUUCACAGGUCACUGGGCCGUGGUGAGAGAGGGGCUCACAAACCCGUGGAUUCCCGAUAACUGGUCAUGGGGUGGCGUGGCUUCUGAACACUGCCCUGUGCUGGCUGAAUUUUACAUGGAGAAGGACUGGAGCAAGAAGGAAGGUGCUCGGAAUGGCAACGGGGUCACCUUGGAGCGCAGUGAAGCCAGCAGCAAGCACGAGCGGUGAGGACGCCACCAGCGCACGCCAGCGUGCAGUUUGUGGGCUCUCUGGCUGGAGCCGCCUUGGGCAGUGAAGAUCCCUGGCGGCUGCCACCUUUUCAUCUUCAUCCAGAGAACAUCCACGACCCUCCUGAGGGGCUUUAUGGACCCCUGCAGGAGUGGGGGACGUGAACAGAAGCCCUGCAGGGACCCAAACUUAGUGGCGGGAGCUGGCACCUUGCUGAGGCUGAGCUGUGCGCCUCUGGCCACCACUGACUUCACUGCAAUGGAGCACUCUACCAGAUACUUCGGGGAUUUCAAGUUCGGUUUUUGCAAAAAUAAAUAUGUUAAUGUGUCUGGCUGCCGCGAGGCUGCAAGAUGGGUUUCUCCAUGCUGUGUGUGUCUGCGGUUGCUGCUCUCUGAGCCUGCUUGGACAGGGCUUGGCCCCUUGCAGCCCUUGCUUUGUGUCCCUGCCCAGGUGCCCCGACAGCCGUCCACCCGCCUGGACUGGCUGGUGCCCUCCUGGCCCCUGCCGCAGGCCCGCCACCCCGGCAUCUGCGUGGUUUGGAGGCAGGUCUGUGUUUCUGAGCACUUAGUGCAGGAUGAGAAUUCUACCCAAGGCCUGGUUUCCUCCCUGUCCCUGUG